AAAACCUAGACUGUCAAUCAAUGACAGACCUUGAGGUUGUAUUUAUUAAUAUUUUGUAAAUUAUAUCCACGAUAUUUGCAUGAACAAAACCCGAUAGUAAAUUUCCCAAUAGUAAAUUGUUUUGGAACUAUAAUAGCUAUGCAGCAUUUGGAGCGCCGUCCCAGCCCGAAACGGCCCACAGACGGGCCGGGUCCUAGGGGGGUGCCAGACAUGUAUCACACAGCACAAGUGUUGAAUUCGACGUUUCGCUACGUGAGAUUCGUUAAAAAACUUCGCAUUAUCGAGGAAGAAUAUAGGAAAGGUGAAGAGAACAGGCUCAAGGUCAUCAAGGAUCAGCAGAUUAGCGACUUCUUCAUACGAUGCGAUCGCAAGGCUCUAAUAAACAAGGUGGCACGUCGCGUCGACCUCUGCUUGCAAGCCUAUGAGGAAGAUUUGAAAGUUAAAAAGCAGAAAUUAAAAGAUAUAUUCGCUGAAGAAGAAGAAGCGAACAUACGCAAGUUCGUGGAGCAGGCGCAAUCCGGAGCUGAACUCAUAUGGCAAGACAAACAGGAAAGACUCAAGUUCUUGCUCGAAAAGCGCAGGAAGGAACAUGAGGAGAAAUAUAAGGAUACUCCACUAUCGAAAUGCACGCACGUUACACCAUGUCUGUUCAAAAUCCGAGCCAAGGAAGCUCAAGAAGUGCAGUUGUACCAAAUGCGAGAGAAACAAGCGCGAAAGUUGGCUGAGAAGGAAUUUGAUAACAUGUGGUAUGCAGUUGCUAUGAAGGAGGCUGAAGCUCUGGCAGCACGAAUGGAAGUAGACGCCAUCGAACUGUACCGCAAUAACCUGGAUUGCUUGAAAAACAGCGACGAGCAGCUGGAAGCUCGUCGUCGACAGAGGGAGAAGGACCGCGAAAUGCUCAAACGGCAACAGCUGGAAAUGCAGCAGGAGUUUGAAAGGGACAUGGAGAAAGAAAGGGAAGAGCAACGCAAUCGGCUCCAAAAGCGGUUGGACACGGCCAGGGAACUCGAUGAGACGGCCGCCCUACGCGCGCAAACUCUUGCUAAACGAGAGGCCGAAGCUAAGCACAUAGAAGAGACCUGGAAAUCGCUUGCCGGGCAAGGCUUAGCCGACGAGCUGGCCAAAAUCGAAUAUAUGAAGAAGAAAGAGCGCUACCUAGGUCUUCCAGUAAUGCUAAAAGCAGGCGAGUACUCACCGAACAACCCUCUACUGCGCGGCGAACGGACCUCCGGUGACGCUCUGUUAGGACUAGGCGAAUAUGAGCGUAGAAGAAACACUCUGCGCAAAAUACGACAGCAACAGUAUAGAGAAUAUCUUGAUGAGCAAGCAAGGAAAAAACAAGAAGCCAAAGAGCAAGUGGAAAGAGAACGUCGUCAGAGAGAAGAAAGAGAGAGACAGAUAGAAGACAAGGAAAGGUUGGAAAUAGAGACAGAUAGCUCCAGUCCAGAGCUAAGAAGAGCCAGUGUUAAUUAUGUGCCCGAAAGGAGAAUUGAGAAGAGGCAACUUGCCAAACAUUUUAGUAGAAGUAAAGUGGACAUGGGCGUGCAAGUGGGCAUCAGCAGACCGCUGUCCGUAGCCGUGCAAACAGAUGACUCAGCUUUAUACAGGCUGUCGCCAUCCCUGACGAAAAUGCAGCUAACGCAAGCGGAACGCGAGUUAUCACCACGUACAGUAGUGGAGUUGCACGAAGAUCAGCCCGGAGAACACGAAGAUCGGGCCGCGCAGCACGAAUCUCGGCCCGUACAACACGAAGAUCGGCCUAUACAGUCCGACGACCGGCCCAUACAUCCCGCGCCGUGGGUCAGGGAAGCCCAGCGGUGGGACAAGAGUGCACGGAGACGCAGUUAUGGAGAUUUUGACGAUCGUUCAUCUUCGCUGACGAAAAAGUCUAAUCGCGACAAAUUGGUGUCGGACCUGCGUCACACAUACAUGCCGUCCAUAUUCGACGCAGACGCCAUUCAGAUGCGAAAUCAACAGGCAGAAAAGGAGGCCGCGGAGCGCCGCCAGUUCUACCAGCAAGAGCUGAAAAAUCAAAUCUUAGAACAACAGCGGAUUAGAGAAGAGAGAAAGACCAGAGAAAAGAUGCUAGAACAAGCUGAGAUGCGUCGUCUGGAAGAGCAGUUACGGAUGCUGCGGUCCGCGCAGCGCUCGGAAACGCAGAAACAGCAGCACUUCAGCGACAAGAUGAAAGAAAAUGCAGUAGACUUCGAAAAUAAACGCACAUCUUUACAAAAAGAUAUCGACUUUGAACACCAGAAACUUAUACGAGCCACGACGCACCUUCCGAAACGAACAUCUACAUCGCACAGCGACACCGCCCUUUCAAAACUACCCUUCUACUACCCACGGAUUAAUGACAGGCCACCAUUCUCCACUAAUAUCCCGAAAAAUACGCUCUUCAACCCCAGUUACGACGUCGAAAGUUACUUGAGAAAAAACUUAAAUCCUUCAAAUGAAAGUCUGCUGUCCAGCAGAUUGUCCAAUUUAGAGAUAGAUAAACUAAACUGUGAUGAAAACGUAAUUGUAGAACGGGCGUUAAUACACGAUGAUCCUAAAGAUAAAAAAAGGUACGAACCCUCGUUCAUACGAAAAAAUGUAGAUGAUUAUGUUCAAAAUAGCGACGAAAUUAUACCAGUCUUAAGACAUUCGCCCAAAAAUGAUAAUAAUUGUAAAGAUGAUAAUUUAAGCGAUGCUAUGAAGCAAAUAGAUAAUAAAUGGAAAGUGCCUGUUGUUCAAAAGAAUAUAUUAAAAUCUAUACCUAACGAGGAAGGAAAGAAUGUAAGUAUAUUGACGCAGUUAGGCUCUAUUAGGAGACAACUGCAGUUAGAACAAUUGCGCUUAGACGGUGCGUCUGGCAGCGGUGAUAUGUAAUCCUUCCAAAGCUUAGCUUUUAAAAUUAGUGGUUUAAUUCAGAAUUACGAAUUUCGGAGCUAAUUGGAAUUACUAUUCGUAGAACAACCAAAAGUUUACGUUAGUGUUUGGAUUUUAGAAGUCAUAUUUUAC